AUGUCUUUGGUCGCCUAUUCAGAUUCAGAAGGCUCCGAGGGAGAGGAGAAGCCACAGACGACGAUCCAGAAGCCUGCGCCCAAACCUUCAAGUGCGCCCUCGAACACAAAUUUUGCAGUCAACAAAGCAGACCCGAGGAAGAUACAAGUCCGAUUACAAGACCAACCCACAAAUGACGACGCCGAUGGAGAGCCAGCCCCCAAGAGACCUCGUGUUGGUGGCGGAGGCGCCUUCAGGGGAUUCAACGCCAUGCUUCCGGCCCCGAAACGAGACUCGUCCGUCAAGACACCCGCGAAGCCAAUAACCAGGAAAGUGUUCAGUCUGAAAACAGGCGUUGAACCUGGUUUCAGUCGAGAAUCGGAUGCGGAGGUGCGGCAAUUAUUUCCGGGGCAAGAGGUGGAUAGAGACCACAAAUCAGAAAACAACCAUUUGGAUGCGGACGAUACAAUACCUUCAGUACCCCAGAGCAUGGGAGUGGCGAGAAACGCCUCGACGGAACCACCGAUAAAGGGAAAUGUGUUCAUGUUCAAACCUCUGUCCGUGGCGCGAAAUAUCAAGAAGCCAAAACGCAAAGCCGACGCUCCCAAACCUGUUGCCUUGAAGCCUCAAGACAGUUCGAAAGCAUCGAUUCACAGCGUACCAAAUACCGCCGCAACUGAACAGACCGACCCUACCCCUCUAUCAAAGAAAGUCAGCUUGUUUUCCAUGCACAACCCCACAGAACCAGAGGCCGUAGCCCGUGAUCUACAGGAGGAAGACGACGACGAAGAAGAAGGAAUUAUUGAAGUCCUACACGAACCUUCAGACGAUAACAUAUCUGCACCCGCCGAUGUAUCCAGUACAGCGCCGACAAAUUCACACCAACCUCAAACACUAGAUUCUAUUGCUUCAGACUUAAACCUCUCGAAAGCAGAGCGGCGGCAGCUCUUCGGACGGCAUAGGCAGCCGACUGGCACUGCAAUUAACGUAGUAAACUUUAACACGGACCAGGAAUACGCCGCGAACGAGGCUUUGCGUGCAAGUGGCGAACAAAUCCAACAUAAUCCAGUCCGAGCCAUUGCUCCCGGCAAGCACAGUCUCAAACAACUAGUUAGCGCUGCAACCGGACAGAAAGAAGCCCUAGAAGACAGCUUCGCUACAGGAAGAAGAAACAAGAAGGAAGCGGGAAGCAAAUACGGAUGGUAA